CAAAAUUAUAAAAUAUUUAGAAAAUUUGAAAUGUGGAAUAAAGCUGAGUCCGCCAUAGAUGCACAAACUAAAAUUACAUUCAAAAGCGUUAAGCGAGAAGGAGUCACAUUCAGAAAUAAAGAUACUACUAGUAAACCCAAACCCUUCCACAAGAGAGAUGGGUUCAAGAGUGACCAAACUCGGAGGAAAACUAAGCCCAUCGAUCCUAAAAAUGCGGAAAAAGAGCUAAAAUAAGGCAAAUCAACUUAUAGUAGUUGAUAGCACUGACUUAGAUAAGGAAAAUAUACACAUAAAUAAGAUAGAAAAUGAUCAAGCUGGAGCCACUUUCCAUCAGUUAAAGAAGCCAACCCUAUCUAUUCAGCGAAAAUACUUAAAUAAAAUUGAGAAAGAAAUCGGGAUCAAAAGAUAUACCGCUCCGGAGCCAAACCAGGCGGAAUUUGUUAAACCGAACAAUGCUUUUGAGACACAGAAGCAUGAAAGACCGAACCAAGUUAUAAUCAACCAAAAUGUACCAAAGACCUCACAAAAUGUCAAUAAGACAAUUGAUUUAUUCACAAAAGCAAGAGAGGCCUUAUCAAGCUCCCAGGGUGAUAAUACAACCGAAAAGAAUCCAAUUCAGGAUAAAGUUCCAAAACUGCGGGAGAUACAGCCAAUGCAGAAGAGGACAGGCCUGCUACAUAGAGGUAGAGAUCAUGUGGAAAAGUUAUCAGGAGGCCCUAUUUCACCUGGAUCUACCAUAAAAUCUCCAAACUCCAAGGUUGAAAUUCCAUUCUCAAAGAACAGGUAUUCUAAAGAGUCAAAUAAUGAGGAACUCACUCAGGAGAACAAUAAGAAGGCAAUAAAAUACUUAAAAAACCAGAAGGCAUCAAGGAAGGAAAAAGAAGAGCAAAAGAAGAUUCUCAUUGAAAAAUAGAAGAAAGUACACCGAACAAAUCAGAAAACAGAACAAAGAGAAGCUUCAGAAAAGAAAGACAAGAAACAACAGUAUUGAGGAUGUCAGAGAGAGAAGAGGUAGGCAACCCUCCGCUCCAAGGUCCAAAUCAGAGGAUGCCAAAACUAAAUCUCACAAGGUCGUCAGGAAGUAUGCACGGAACCGGCUGAGGCAGAUCAAUCGAUCAGAAGCCAAACAAAAUGAAGGAAUUCUUAAGAAUCAGAGGGCUAUCAAAACUCUUUCAGUAGAAGGUGAAGAUAGGCAUCACACCAUUAAUCAAAAGUCUAGUCAGCUCUCAGAGCUACAAUCAGGUCUUCCUCCUCGUAGAGAUCCUAAAGUACAGAUAAAUGUCGAUCUUACUGCUAAGAUGAAUCAAAGAGAAAUAAUUAACCUUCAUAUGGACAAUUCUGAACAGAAAAAUUCAACUGAAGAAGAUGAAACAAAGUACAUUAAAACUCCUGAGCUUAACCUGCAGGAGAAAUACUCUCAUAACAACGUAUCAGGAAAUAAAAUUAGUGGUAAAUCUACAGAAAAGGAUGGCAAAGUGACUAAAAGAUUCCUUUCCUCUCAAAAGAAGAAAUCAAUAAAGGUCUCCAAAGAAGUCCUUGAGUGCAAGAAAGAUCUGAUUAAGCUUCAAAAGAAGAGUGAAUAUCGAAAGAAGAAAAAGAUGGAUGAAGAAACCCAGCAGAAAGAGCUUGAAAGAAGAAAACAGAACAUUGCUACUCUCAACUUGAUGCUCAAGAAAAGAACCCAGCAUUUUAAGAAGAAAAAGAGGAACCAAGAGAAACUCAUGAAGAAGGAAGCCAUUAAUUUCGAGAAACCUCCAAGCACUAGUUUCAAUAAAAAGAUUAAAAAGAAGAGGAUUAAGGUAAAGAACAUGAAAAGGAACCAGACUUUCUCUAACCUGUCAAAUAAGAGUCCUUGUGAGACUAUGAAUACAUCUAAAAACCAAUUUUCCUCUCAUAAAAAGAAGAACUUCCAUGUCUCUACUGGGAAGAAGCUUAAUUACAAAAAGAUGAAUGAGAGUUUAAAGACUAAUACCUCUUCCAAAAAGCUCAGGUCUGAGAACAAGCUUGGAGCCAAGAGUGUCAAUGCCUCUCAAUAUUUUAAUCCGAACAAAGGAAGCGGAAACACUCAUAAGAAGAGAAAGACAAUCAAGUCUGAAUCAAAGAAGUGAACUACAGAUGCAGUCACUCACUUCAACGAUAUUUCAGAGAUCCAGGAGUUUAAUAUGACUGACGAAGAAGAAUCUCUAAUUAAUUCUUCAAUACUGAAGAAUAUCGAGGAGCAUGAGUCUAUCAAGCACACUGAGAAUGCUGGGAAAAGUUCGAUGAAAAAGACCAAGACAACAGCUAAGAAGACCCUUCAGACUACCAAAAAGAAGCAUAAAAAGACUGUGAAGAAAACUAGGUUAAAGUUCAUCAGUUCUUCCAAGAAGAGUUCUAAAAAGACCAAGAAAUGAACUGAGAAGGACCCUAAUGACAAAUCAAUUAAGAAGAGGAAGGUCAUCUUCCACUCAAGUAAGCUAAAAGAGGUAUCUCCAGUAGAGAGAGCUCCUAGAGAUUCGAAGGCUCUUGAAGAAGCUAUUAGUCCACAAAAUGAUUACAGAGAUAUAGAAUCUCCUGAACAAAAAUCUGAACAGAUCAUGAAAGUGGAGCACUCUAGUCCUUCUAUAGAUAAUGAAGAAGAGUCUGAUGAAGUCAUCGAUUUGAAAAACAGUCAAGGCAAAAGCUUGAUCAGAGACUCUGUUGUAGCUAAAAAUAUUGAGAGAAUCGAUAUGAUAGACUCUGAAAAGUUAUCAGAGCUACUUUCAUCAAAGAAAAAGCAUCGGUACCAAGAAGUUAAGGAUUCUAUGGAUGGAGUAGCAGAAACGAAUAUUCACCAACAGAUUAACUUCACAGAUGAAGAAGAGAACCUUAAUCUUCAUCAAUAUCAUUCGCCUGGAGUUGAUUCUCCCGAUCAGCCACAGUCUCUUUCUCAGGAUGAGCAAGUCAUCAAAACAGCUCUCCCUUGAAGCAACAAUUCAGUGAAGGAGAAUAAAGAGUUUGAUAUAGAAGGCUUAAUUCCUGAGAAAGAGUACAUAAUAGAAUCGAUGACAUACCAACAAAUUCAGGAUGAGAGGAACAACAUAAUCGAAGAUCCAAGAUCUGAGUCUGAAAACCAAACUGUCAUUAAUUGUACACAAAGUGAUCAAGAAGACAGUAGUGUGGAUUAUGAGGAGAGAAUCUCAGAUAGGAAUGCGAUCAUUGAUGAAUCCUCCCUAGAGUAUGCUUCGGUACCCCAGAAUUAUAAUCCAAUUCAUGAGACUACUUCAGAAGACCAAGAUGAGCCUGCUGAGGAAAUUCAUGAAGAAAGAGUCUUUGAGUAUCAUAACGAGCACAACGAGGGAGAAAAUGAAGAGCCAGAGAUUACCUCUCGAAGAGAACAAAGAGAUAUUUCUGAGCAUGAACAAGAAUCGGAACAUUCUGGUCCUAACUAUUAUCCAGACUCUAAUGAAUCCUACUCUGAUAUUGAUAUGGAUGAGGAAGCUAUUGAGAAAUUUCUCAAUGAGCCACCUCAGCAAAUCCAAGAUAACGGAUUUGAGAAGACACUCACAAAUAUGAGAUUAGCCUUCGGUUCUGAGAAGCACAUUCGUGAAAACAGUGUUAAGACUCUUGAAAGAAUCGAUAAGAGCCAUAGAGACUCAGGAAGUGAUGAGAAGACUGAUGAAAAAUCAAGCGUUUUUGAAAAGAACAGCUUCCAAGAUUUCUCACUCAAAAAGUUUACAGAGCUGAUGAAUGUAAAGAACAUGAAAAACUUUAAAACUUCCAUACAAAAGACCUUCAGGGAAUAUAACAAGGACAAUAUUUUCAGCAAUAGUGAUAAGAAAGCUAGUAAGAUGAGCUCUACUCCGAAAAAGUCUAGCUGUAUCUCACCUAGAAAGUUCAGCAUGAGAGAUCUUGAGCUUGAUAGGAUAGGUUAUGAAAAGAUGAAAGAACAUUCAGAGAAGAAGAACAAGUUUAUUCAGAAUAUUAUGGGUUCUUCCUCAAGCCAAAACAAGAAAAGCCACUCUUCAAUCUUAUACAAAACUAAUCUAAGUCUUGACAAGUGCAGGAAGGAGAUUAAUAUGGAAGAUAUCUCCGAUGAGCAAUCUUCCAAGAACAUUGAGUAUAAAAUCUCUAGUCCAAAGAAGAACUACCAACUACUUAAUGAUAAACCAGAGAAAGAAGAAUUUACUCUUGAGGCUCAACAUGUGAAGUCUUAUGAUUCUCCUGAACCUUCAAAAUCCGUCAAGUCUAAAAGAUCUUCUUGAAAGAAAAUUCAGCAAGAGCUUGAGCAGACAAGUGAAGAUCAGUACAAUGAAGAGACUCCAUUUGAAGAUGAAAAUAUUGAAACGGUCAAGCUUGACUCUUCAAGAUUGAGAUCUCAAAAGAGAGGCCUUCCAAUGGAGGGUUCUACAUCAAGCAAAGAAGAAACUCCUAAAGGAACCUUCACUCAAAGAAGGCUCAGAAACGCAGAAGAAAGUUGCAAUACAGGAGAGAAAUAUGUUCUUGGUGAUUGCUUUACAGAAGAAAAGAAUUAUGAAAUGAGGCUUAGAAAUGCUGUUACUUCUGCAAAGAAGAUCAACCCUAUUCAAAUCCUGAAAGAUCUUAAAUCUCCAGGCUCUUCAUACAUAUCUUCAGCAAAGAAAGCUCUAGCUGAAGAGGAGUAUAAUGAUAAUGAUAGGAUUCCUUUUGAAAUCAGUGAGCAAAAAGAUCACCCAAUAAGAGAGUUUAAUGACAAAGAAAAUAUGAGAAACAACAACAUCUAUGUUGGGAGGUUUGGCUCAAACACCACCGAUGGGUUGAAGAACUUUGUAAACUCGAAUAAGUUCCAAAUACCUGAACAGGAUUAUAAUGACCUGGAGUCACCUGAAGAAUCUCAUCAUAGGCAUUCAAAGUCCCGCUCUCGAACAAAGGAAAAGAGAGGGAAUAGAAGUGACUGAGCAUCCGAGAACUUUGAAAUCCUUCCAGAUGAUGGUAAAGAAGAGGAUAAGACCUGUAUGGUGAUUGAUUUCAAUACUUCUCCUGAGCUUAAGAAGAAGGAAGAAACUCCAGUCCAAGAAGAGAUGUCACAAAGUAUUGAGUGGAUUAUUGCCAAUAAUAUUGAUAAGAAAAAAAGAGACGAGAUAUGAAAAAUAGUUGAUGGAGAAUCUAGAAAUCUUACCACUGAAACUCAUGCUCCAGAUUCGGAUCGUGGCAAUACGAAUGAAAUUGAGGUUGAAGAAGUAAAAAGGAUCAAAUUCGGGAACCCUAUGAUCAACAACAAUAUUGCUGAUGGAGUUGCUGAAGAUACAGAGGAAUCUAAUCUUGGUCAAUAUAUUGAAUGAUUAGAAUCAGUAGAAUCUUCCGCCAAUAAAUCUGUCAAAGCUUAUGCUGAAAAAGAACUAAUGAAGAACCCUGAAGAGACUUCGGAGCAUAUGACAGAUGAAAUCCUCUCUAUGAUGUUAUUUAAUGAUAUUCAUGAUUGCCCUAUGCAUCCAAUUAGAGAGAAUAAUUUCGUAGAUUAUUUUAAAGACAAAUAUCCAUUCAAUAGAGAUUUAGGUAUUGAUACGACAGAAAUUGGGACAAACAAGUACCUAGAUGACUUAUGAACUUACUUAGAAAAGAAUCACUUAGAUAUGGUUUAUCGCCAACUUCUUAAGCCAGUCUAUGUUGACCCUCUUAGCGAGCUUAAAAAGUUACAAGCUCUCGAUGACUUCUAUAACGACGAAGCUGUAGAAAGUGAGAAGAACUCCCAAUCUGAUUGCUCUGAGCUCAAAGAAGAAUCUGAUAAUGGCUUAAUUCUUCCUCAGCAAAUUUUCUAUGAAUUUGAAGAGGUUAGGAAGGAAGAGUUCAAUAAAGAGAUGAAAAAUUUAGCUAAACCUGAUUACACAGGCAGUGAAAUAGAAGAUAAAAUAAAGUACACCUUUAUUCAUGACAAGGUCAUUUUUGAUGCUUUUAACAAUGCCCUGAACCUAUAUGGUCAGCGAAAAGAAACUUUAAGGCCUUGGAUCAAACAAAAUAGAGCUUCCUAUGAUAGAGAUUAUACUGUCAAGAAUAUUCAGACUUUGUUUGAAAAGUCUAAAAAGAAAGUCAACGAUUGGAUUAACAUCUGAGCUGGAACUCGCAAGAUUCCUCCGCCUUCGGUCUUAGAUGCUUAUAAUCAGACAAAUGAUGGCUUUGGGGAUACUAUUGACCCUAACCAAAUGUCAGAUGAAGAAAGAUUGCAGCAAUUAAGAGAAGAAAGGCUCAGCUUAAUGCUAAGAGAAAUCCAAGAAGAAGAUAAUAAGUGGAAUGAAUUUGAAGCAUGAGAAAUUCAAAUCAAGCUAGACUUGGCAGACAUGGUGUUGGAAACCCUUGUCUGAGAGGUCAUUGACAUCCUAAAUAAAUAACCUUCGCAUAAAUAUAAUUCAUUUUUAUA